GUUGAAAAGCUUAUUUGGCAGCUACAAAAGUGUAGUAGAUGGAUUUCUUGAAAGUCAAUAAGUUGAGGAAAUUCUACAAGUCGGGCCCUGAAAAGGGUUUGGAGGAAAAUGAUGUGCCACAACCAGAAGAACCAAAGAAUGUCAAGUGUGGUGGUGACAUUGAUUUAAAUGGAUCAUCCAAAGCCGAAUCCGCUGCAGCCGACGUCGAGGAUGAUAAUGAUGAUGAUUUCAUAACAAAUGAGGUACAGAGGAGAUUGAAAGAACUAAGAAGAAACAGUUUCAUGGUCUUAAUUCCAGAGGAAGAAGAAGAGUUGUAUUUAGAACAAGAGGAAGCUGAGGCUGGUGAGACCAGCUCGAGUGAGUGGAGGGAUGUGGAAGCAGAAGGCAGACAAUGGUGGGGUGGGAUUGAUGCAGUUUAUGAAAAGUAUUGCGAGCGGAUGUUGUUCUUUGAUUGGAUAAUUGCGCAGCAGAUCAAGAAUGCUGGCUCCACAAAUCUUUCACCAAAAUUUGCAUCUAAGAAACUUGCAUCUCCUCCGAGUCGCCUUUCAUUGAAGAGGAUUGAAGAACCCGAUGUAGAAACGUAUCAGGAGCUUGAGAUAGCAUAUGUAGCUCAAAUUUGCUUAACUUGGGAGGCACUUCAUUGUCAAUACACACAAACCCAGAUAGUUUUGUGCCAACCCGAUAGUCCCACUUGUUACAACCAAAGUGCUCAGCUCCUUCAACAGUUCCAAGUCUUAAUACAAAGGUUCAUCGAAAACGAACCUUUUCAGGAUGGUCUUAGAGCUGAAAUAUAUGCCCGUGCUAGACAUGUUUUGCCUAAACUGCUUCAAAUUCCAAGUAUACAAGGUUUGGAUCAGAAGGCUAAGGUGGAAGAUAAAUCAGAUCAUGUGGUCCUUGCCUCUGAUAUCACCAAGAUCAUUGAGAGUGUAAUCCUUGCAUUCCAGCUGUUUGUAAAAAUUGACAAGAAAAAACAUAGUUUGUUUGGAAAUCAGAAUCUGAUGGCUACCCCCUCUUCAACAAGUUCAAUCUUUAUUAGAGAUGAUGAUGAAAACUGCCUACAAACUGAAGAAAAAGUUGGCCGAUUAUGGAAAGGGUGGAAAAAGAAAUCCUGGCCGCAGAUACCAGACGAAGUUCCGUUGUUGUUUGGCCUCAUUGACAUCAAAAUUAUAUCCCGGGUUCUCAGAAUUGCAAGGAUCAGUAAAGAGCAGUUGUUUUGGUGUGAAGAAAAGAUUAAGAAACCGGAUUUAUGUGAUGGGAAAUUGCAGAGAGACCCAUCGCCCAUCCUUUUCCCAUGCUGAUUGCCGUUGAUCGACAGAGCCGGUUUAACGGAUGGUAAGCUGCCGAAAUACCACUCUCUUCAUCUUUUAGAACAAAGUGUGGCUACUGAUUUUCUCCUGGGA